AUGGUUGAUAGUGGUCCCCCGAAGGAUGUUCACAUCAUCGAACGGCACCCUCUUCGCUGUGCAGACCAUACUUUGGCAGCCAGCAUCGGCCCAAAGUGGCGAUUAGGCCCCAUGGAUCACCUGGUUUUCCCUUCCGUUCCUAUUGAAGUUGUGUUCGUGUACGAAAGUCCACAUGCAAACUUGGCCUCGCCGUUGUUGUCUCCAUGCGAGCUUCUUCCGGUUCCAAAGCUCCAACGAGCGCUUUCUCGCCUACUUGAUUAUUAUCCACACCUCACAGGUCGUCUGCAGUUUGACCCCGAUAGUCGAGCGGCCGAAAUAUCUCAGAUUGGGACUGGAGCCGAGUUGCUUGUAGCUCACUGUGAAUUACGGCUGAAGGAUCUCACUACAAUGGGUCAUGGAAAUGGUCGGAUCUUGAUGACGAGCUUGCCGGAUUGCGGUAAUGCUUUGACUCCACCUUUUGAUCCUACUAUUGAGGGUGUUUGCCACGACCCUAUCUUUGCCGUUCAACGUACGGGAUUCUCUUGUGGAGGCGUCGUUCUUGGUAUUCGGUUGCACCAUAUUGUUUGCGAUGCAUCGGGAUUUUUCCAACUGGUCAGAAACCUUGCAGAAAUCUAUCGGAACCUUGCUCAUUCUGAAAGGCCUGUCCUUCCCUCUACCCCUGUGAUUCGGUCAUAUCUCGAUGAUCCGAAUCUCAUGUCUGAUGAUGAGCGGCAGGAAGCAAUUGAGUUUCAGCCAUCCAUUCUCUCCUUGGAAGAGAGCAAUGAUACAGAAUCAAGCACCCCGGGUCCCAAAACCGAAGUCUCCGAUGGCCAGUCAAAGAUUACUGGACGAGUUACUGGACGUGUGUUGCGCUUUACGGGCGCUCAACUCAAGCAUCUCAAAGAGCUGGCGACAGAGCCCGAGGGAAGAAGCUGGGUAUCAACCUUUGAGGCACUUUCGGCAUACCUUUAUCAAAAGGUAUAUCGUGCACGAGUGCAGCUAAUGAAGUCCCAUGGGGUACCGGCAUCUGAAAUUGCUUCAUGCUUUUCCCGUGGCUUCUGGGGCUCCAUCGAUCUACGUGGUCCUACUCGCCUCAACAUUUCAGAGCGAUACUUCCCAAAUGCUGUUGCACCGCUCAUUCUUUCGCAGUCGUCACAUGAACUUCUCACAGAUGGUCCGCUAUGGCAAGUAGCGACCGCUCUCCAUGGAGUCGUGCGAUCAUUCAAUCCAGAAAGAUUGGAUAAAGAUCUGAAGUGGAUCGCUGCUCAGCCCGACAAAGGUCGAAUCAGGGUUAAAUUCAGCUUCAGUGGGGGGAAUUUCACCGUCAGCCAAUGGAGCAAUCAUGAAAUGUACAUUGGUGUUGAUUUUGACGCUGAUGAGGACGGCAAUGCGAUUCCGCCCACUCUUGUCUCUCCACCAUUGACCGAAAUAUCUCGGGUUGAUGGUUUGGCAAUGAUAUUGUCGACAGAGGAACAGUUGAGCCGAAAUACUAAGCAUGAAGAGCCUCCGAGCCUUCCGUGUUCGCUUGAUGUCAACUUAACACUCAUGGAGCACCUGUGGCCAAUUCUUGAUGCAGAUGAGCAAUUUCGGCAGUAUUGUUGCUGA